AGUAUUCAUAAAAAUUCCUUGGAUUCCAUUUGCAGUGGUCAAAAGUUCAAUCAGCCAAGUUUGCUAUUCUCGAGCACCAAAUGGAUCCCAGUAGUAAUUUCAGCAGCUAUCGUAGUACAUUAAAAGCGGCCAUGUGGCGAAGUGUGGGAGCUACAGACGAAAGACAACGAAUCGUCGUUCCUUUCUUCAGUCUUCUCGUGAAGGACCUCUAUUUCCUCAACGAAGGGUGCAGCAAUAAACUUCCAAAUGGCCACAUCAACUUCGAAAAAUUCUGGCAGCUAGCCAAACAGGUGACGGAAUUCAUUGCGUGGAAACAAGUGACAUGCCCAUUUGAAAAGAAUUCUCGGGUCAUAGCGUUUCUCCAAGCAAGUCCUGUUUUAACAGAAAAUGCUCUCUCGUUGGCAUCGUUCGAGUGCGAACCACCGGAUAGUAACCCGGAGAAAGAACGUUUUAAAAGUCUGAAGUAAGUGUUGAUUAAAUCUUGCACUCUAAAAACUUUUAUAUAUCAUCAUGGCAAAGGUGAAGUAUUGAUUUUCUAUUGACUGUGUUGGGUGCAGAAUUAUGUCACUCGCGGAAUCAUAAUCUCUCGAAUAUAUUCGAAAUCAUUACGUUUAAGAAGAGUCGCUGCUCAAAUUGAAAAGCUCUGCUACUUAAAAAUAACACGAUUAAAAUUCUUGCAUUAAUAUAAAUGUCAAAGAACAGGAAUUGGCAAAUUGGAGCCAUUUUGGUAAAUGUGUCGAUUGAGAGCCUGACCACAGAUUUCUCUCCACGACGGGUUUAAAAAUAAUAAUUCGGCUGAUAUUCCGAUCAGUUACCAUUUCGCUGAAAUUCUUAAGGUAUACCAAUCUUUUUACGUUGAUUACUUUUCUG